CGCGCGGGGUGGUGGGGGCGCGGUGGCGCUGGCGAAACUAAUCAGCGCUGAGCGCCCAGGCCGGCCGGGCGUCGGCCUCUCCGCCGGGAUCCGGCUGCCUCUCGCCCCCUCGCCCCCCGCCCCGCUCCGGCGGCCCCUCGCUCCCAGGCCCCCAGCGCACUUGCUAGGUGUUGCGGGCACACGUGCCUAAGGCCGGGAAGAGCGAGGCCCGCUGCGUGGCAGGGGAGCGCCCUGCCGGUCACGGGGACGGCCAUGUUCUUUCCCGCAGUGCUGUAUUCUCGGUCUUUGCCGGCCGGAGCGGCGGGGGAUGAGCCUCAGCGGAGAAAGACCCGCCCUUGUUUAGACCCCCAAGAAACGUGGAGCCUUAGUCUCCUGGCUUGGAGGUCUGUCAGGCUGCUCUCUCCUCCCAGGUCUUGGAAGAAAGCCUCAACGGAUUCAAGUCGCUGUUUUGGUUCAAAGCAGCUUUGAUAGCUUAUGCCCCGUGGCUAGCGCCCUUUCAGCCCUAAUCAUUGCUGGGAAGGUCAUCCAGCCUGUGGACACUGAGGUGAUGCAUCUCAGCAGCUCCAAGGGCAGAGUAGUCCUGGCUCCAGUGUCCCGAGGUCCUGAUGUCCGUCAGACGAGAGCUCAGCUUGGCCAGGACCCCCCACAAAGAACAGUGCUAGGGGUGCUAACUGAGAAUGGGCAGUUCAGGAAGACCUGUGACCAGGGGAUCACAACAGUUAGGUGUUUCUCUGGAUCAGAAAAUGUCUUCCCUCAAGCUGGAAAGAAAGCACUCUCUGACUGUGGGGUUCACAUGCCAGCCAAGCAAGGAUUUGAUAUCUACAUGGAUGAACCUGAGCAAGAGGACAAAAACAGCUGCAGUGGGAAAGAGGGAAUGGCAUUUGAGGAUAUGUAUGAAGUAGACACUAGCACACUCAAGUCUGACCUUCACUUCCUGCUGGAUUUUAGCACAGUUUCCCCUAUGCUGGUAGAGUCAUCUCUUCAUGCUAAGUCUGAAGAUGCAUCAGAUUUUGGUACAGACAUGAUAAAUGUGACUGAAUAUGCUGAAGAAAUUCAUCAGUACCUUAGAGAAGCUGAAAUACGAUACAGGCCCAAAGCCCACUACCUAAGGAAACAACCAGACAUCACAGAAAGCAUGCGAAGGAUUCUGGUGGACUGGCUGGUUGAGGUUGGAGAAGAAUAUAAGCUUCGAGCUGAGACUCUCUACUUGGCUGUCAACUUCCUGGAUAGGUUUCUUUCGUGCAUGUCUGUUUUGAGAGGGAAGUUGCAGCUUGUAGGUACAGCAGCUAUUCUUCUGGCUUCGAAAUACGAAGAAAUAUACCCACCUGAAGUAGACGAGUUUGUCUAUAUAACUGAUGAUACUUACACAAAACGACAACUGUUAAGAAUGGAACACCUACUCCUGAAAGUCCUAGCUUUUGAUCUGACAGUGCCAACUACCAAUCAGUUUCUCCUUCAGUACCUAAGGAGACAAGGAGUGUGCAGCAUAACUGAGAACCUAGCCAAGUAUGUAGCGGAACUAAGUCUACUUGAAGCUGACCCAUUCUUGAAAUAUCUUCCUUCAUUGAUAGCUGCAGCAGCUUAUUGCCUGGCAAACUAUACCGUGAACAGGCAUUUCUGGCCAGAAACCCUUGCUGCAUUUACAGGAUAUUCAUUAAGUGAAAUUGUGCCUUGCCUGAGUGAGCUACAUAAAGCAUGCCUUGAUAUACCCCAUCGACCUCAGCAAGCAAUUAGGGAGAAGUACAAGACUUCAAAGUACAUGCAUGUGUCUCUCAUGGAACCACCUGCAGUUCUUCCUCUGCAAUAAGUUUCAGAACUGAAGCACUUUCAGAACUUAACCUCCAGAUCAACAAGAUUGGUCCUCAUUUUUAUAGGUUUCUGCAGGUUGAAUCAUCUUGUGUUGGUACAAUAUAGAUGACAUAUUUUAAAAAGUAUGAAUGUAUUUAGGUUCUCUUAGAUUUAGUAGUUUGUAAAAUAGUCUAACAUUUUGAAAGAAUAAACAACUUGCCUUAUG